AAAUGGUGGUACAUAUAGUUUAGGGUGAUUGUUUAGUAUAUGUAUGUGUUCUUCUUAUAGGUGUAAAAUAUCAUUGGAAAUGAUUCAUCUUUUUGUUUAUCUGGCUUAUGAACUUGUAAUAUGACGCUGGGGGCUGCUUCAUGGAAUGUUAUGAUACGUCGUUUUCGCUGUUUCUGUUAGCACGCCGGUUAUAUGUUAAAUAUAUUAAUCUCAGUUGUUGGAUUCGAAAUGACGAUGGUUAAAUGUUAAUGUGCUGUGGCAGUGACUUCAUCAAAACAUGUGGCAUUCACGAUUUGUGUGUUCCUGAAAACCUGACUGGAAAUAUUGCAUAAUGGGUAUCCAAGACUUGCAAGCUUUUAUUGAUAGUUCACAAAUACCAGGCAGUUCAGUGCCCGUGGAUUUAUUGAGAAUUGCCCGGGGAUUGGCAGUGAAACAGAGUCGACAGCAGCAAAAGACUGGAAAACCAUUAAACCAUGUUAAUAGCAAACUGAGUCUUGUAGUGGAUGGGGAGUGCUGCUUGCAUCGCCUUUAUGGUGGCUACUUCUCAGAUUGGGUCUGUGGUGGCCAGUGGAAUCGAAUGGUCCAAUUCUUAGCCAUUUUGGUCCAGACAAUACAAACUAACAACAUUGAAUUAGCAGUAUUUUUUAACGGGUGUUUGGAACAGCAACGAAUGAAUGAAUGGAUCACGUCCCAACUUCGCAUUAGGCAGAAGAUUAAUCAGGUUUUGAAGCACAUAAAUAUAAAGGGAACACCACCACCUAAAGUAUGGUGGGCAGCUCCAAGUUGUUUGAGGACGUGUCUUCGUAUGGCUCUGAGGCAUCUUAGUAUCAGUGUUUUAUGUACUAUGGAUGAUCAUCAUCAAGAAGUGAUUGCCUAUUGCCGAGAAAAUUGUUUUUACGGGUUGAUGGCUGACGAUGGGGAAUAUGCAGUGUUUGAUCCACCGCGAUACUUCUCUUCAGAACAUAUAAAACUUACAUAUAAGGGAUCACUGGAGACCAAGGAAUACAUUUUGAGUGAAGUCACGAAAGGCUUGGGUCUUAGUUCUGAUCGUUUAUGUGUUGUGGCUGCUCUUCUGGGAAAUUAUUUGUUGCCUGAACAAGAUCUAUUAGAAUUCUACCAUAGACUAGGGUUGGUGCAAAGCUUGGGAAAGAUUCCUGUUGAUCCUUUAGUGAAGACAGUUGCAACCUAUGUAAAGGGACUGCCAUCAGUUGAGAACUUGGAUACAAUUGCAGCUCAGAUUUUUGGUUCAACUACAGAUCCUAGAGUUUCUAGAUUCAAACAAAGUGUGCAGUACUAUUUAAAUGGAACAAAAGAUGGGUUCUUAAGAUACAGAACACAGGCAGCCCACCACCGACAUGGUUAUUCACAAUUUCCUGCACAAAAGAUUUCCCCCCAUCAAAACAAAGGAAAACAUGUAGAUCAAGUGGACAACUCCAAAUUUGCCUCAGAGACUGUGGAAAGUGAGCGUGACAGUUUGCAGGCAUACAAUGAAGCUACAGCAAGUUCUGCAGGGACACCACAGAUUGUAAUUGAACCACCUGGCAUAGUGCCUGAUGAUAAAAUGAAACCGAAUGGUUCAGCUGUCAUUGAUGGCUCUGAAGAAGAGACAGGCACUAAAUCUGGUACCAAUUCAGUUAGUACAGUCAAUGGAGGACACUCGGGAACUCUGAUUAUUAGUGUGUCAAGCUCCAGUAGUAGCUCAAGUGCCACAUCUCCUAGUCGUACUCCUGAGAACAAACGGAUGACAAAUCAAGAGGAUUCCCCAAUAAAAUCUGUGACUUUACCUACUGUACCACCAGAAGUUAUGCGGACUGCUAGUGAAAGACACCAGAAAGGCCUUAUGUCACCAUAUAUAUAUCAGAUUUUGACUCAGGGUGAGAUAAAGUUGCCAGUGCUGAUGGAAGAUGAGAAUCACAAAGAUUUGCCAAGCAUACACUUGGUAUUCCGCCCUGUACGACAGAUGGUCUAUGCAAUUCUUUUCAAUCUCCACCAUUAUAUAUAUAUGGCAAGCAAGCAGAAAGAGAAAGGAGAUGAAGAAAAGGUUGAAGUACCAGAUAUUUGCAUAAAAGAAUGGAUAUGGUCAAAAAACAAUCAGUAUCAAACUCCUGACUACGUUCGAGCAGAACAGGUUGGAUGGGGUGUACCAACAAUCCAACGACUCUGGUUUGGGUCUGCUAUAGAUGACAAAAGGAGAAGACUUAGAGCAUUUUUGACAUGUAUGCGGUCUGACACACCGUUAAUGUUGAAUCCUACAUAUGUGCCACAGCAUUUACUCGUUAUGGCAUCUGUUUUGCGAUUUAUUAUGUCUCACCCAGAAAAAAUUUUGUUGCAUAAAAUUGAAUUGGAUGUCUUCAUUGCACAAGCAUUUUCACCUGCUCUUAUGAAUGCACACCAACUGCAGGAACUACAGUUGCCGAUGGUUACAAGUAGAGGAGUCCAACUGGCAGCACUUUUCAUGCAGGGGGUCGAAACAGCGCUGUUGGCUAACGAUGCUUGUGGAGCACCAAUACCUUGGUUGAUGUGUUGCCCAUGGUUAUUUUUUGAUGGAAAACUCUUUCAUCACAAACUUGCGAGAACUUCUACAGCUAAAAGCCUUCUCGAUUUAUGUGAACAUCGAUAUGAAUAUGUUUUGAAAGUAGAACGUAUGCGCCAAGCAAUAUUAGAAGGCCUUGAUAUAGACUAUUGCAUAGCAUCUGUGCAGACACAACUAUCAGGUAUGAGGGUUCGUCUACCACCUAACAUAGCAUCCCCACCUGGAGUUAUACCACCACCAGUUCGAGCAAUGAAUGCAAUAAAUGUUCCUGAGCGUGUUUAUGCACCACGUGGGCUUUUCCGCCGUACAGUGCCUAGUAGAGGUGGUCAAUUGGAGAUAGCAGGAGUGGUGGUAGGCAGCUGGGGACCUAAUUAUGGGACACGUGGUGUUCCACAAGCAACUGGUUCCUUUACACCCCACAGGCCAAGCGGUGGCCGUGUUGUUCCGCCACAGGUCACUUCUGUGGGUGGCCCAAAAGCAUACCGACAGGGGAACAACAUGCAGGGAUAUCAUAUGAACUCACUCAAUGGCCGUCCACCUACUUUCCAGACGCGUGCAUCCAGUAGACAUUUUGGAGUCCCUGGUCGUGGGAAAAGGAACCAGGGCUAACAAAGAGGAUGAGAAUGACGGUACUGGUCGUCGCCGAGUUCGUAGUCCACCCAUCAUCGACAUAAAUGGAAGGAGUGACACACCAAAUGGCUCUUCACAGAAUCUCACUGAUGUGUGUAGUGCUUCACAUUCACCAAUUGAAGGCUCUGUUACAGUGCUAGAUGUUGUGGCUGAUGUUGGACAUGCAGACAGACAUGUAGACGAGGAAGACGACUCAAAUCAAACUUUGUUGGCAGGGGUGCUGUCAACAAAUACAUAGUCUCAGCAUUUGUGUGAUAGUGUAAUACUUUUUCUACCAGUUGCUCACAAUGGUUAUUGAAAGUAAAGUGCAAAACUUUAUUCGAACUAUGGCAUCUUAUAUCCCUGAGUGGAAGGCCAAUACUUGUAACUUCAAAUGCGGACAUUUACAGGAAAAUAGUGCUUUCAUUUCAUAGUUGUGUGUUUCUGGUUUUGUACUUAAUAACUGCAAUACAUUUUGUGGAUAUUGGGUAAGUAAUAUUUGGAAACUUUUUGAUCCUUGACUCUUAAUGUAGCACGGAAACUAUGUCAACAUUUUUAAAAAAUAGAAAAGACUGUAUACUGCUAAACUAGUGCCUUGAUUUAUAAGUGGUACAAAACAUUAGUUAAUGGUGUCAGAUCUCUUUGGCUAUAUUUUAUGGCAGUUUUUUGAAUGUGGAUUUUGUAACAGUACUUACCUAGAUUACUGUUUCGAAUGUCAAAAGUUUGAACUAAGAGAUGUUAUAAUAAAUUUUUAAGCUUGCAUAAAGUUGUGGCAGUAAUUGACUGUAACAUACAUUUGUAAAGCUUAAUUUAUUUACAUUAUUUAUCUUACUUUGUUAUGGAAGCAUUUGAAGUAUGACUACAUGUGGGGAAGCAUUUGAAGUAUGACUACAUAUUUGCCUUCUUCUCAGAUUAUUACAGUUUUA